UAUGCCUUCGAUCUUUAUUUCUGGAAUACCGAAAGGGCUUGACUGGGAAACUGCUACUCUGCGUAUCAGGAAAGAUAUUGAAACAGUUGCUCAAGUGAGAAACAUUUGGAUACAAAAGGAAAAGGGGUAUGGUUUUGUUUCCCUUCAAGAUGAAACAUCUGCUGAUUUUGUAUUGAGUCUGAAUGACAGAAUCUGCAUUAACGGAAACGCACUGAGAAUAACGAGAUGGACAAGAACAAACAACAAGCCCAAAAAACCAAGGCGAACAACAACACCAACCUGUAACCAACAGGUAAAUAAUAAUGUAUUUGCUUUACGGGGAUACGAUACGUACACAGACUACAGAUGUCAUCGACCUAAGAGUGAUGUCCUCUAUCAGUACAUCCAACAGGCGCCAAAGCAAAAGCAGCUGAAGAGGAAACCAUGGAAAGAUAUGAAUCGUGUUUCUCAGCUGUCUUCACCAAAAUCAAGAAAAAAUGUCCGAGCAAAACGACGAAAAUGCAGAAAGAAAAGCACAGGUCAUACGAAAAUAACGCAUUCAACGUAUCCAUCCGAAAUAGGAAACUCUGUCUCUAAAAGGCACAAAAGAAGCAAAUCCAAUUCGGACAGUUAUGUUGACGAUCUGUCAAACGUUCCAAUAUGCUUUACUCGGAAGGCUUCUAUAUUAAAAAGUACAUCGAAAUCAAACAUUGAAACAGAAAACAUCAAUCAAACACUAGUAGGUUCGAUAGCAUCUGCUACAGUUCACGUUUAUGACCAUUCAAAACGUCUUUUUAGUAUCGAGGUUGAUAACAAUAACGUCCUAGAGAGCAUCAAGGUCGGACUGAGUAAUAAAGAAAGUCUACCCUCUGACGGUACGAUACUGAUAUCGCACAACGGAAAAACAGUCAACAACCAAUGGCAGCCACACAUGGCUAACGACGAAAACAUACACAUCGUUGUGAAAGGUAAAGGAGGAAUGAUGCAGGGAGACCCUCCUGAUGAAGGACACCAUGCAGAUGACAAAACAGAAACGAAAAACGAAGAUAGGAUACAAAAUACAGAUGACACGGCGUCUCAUACAGAAAAAUACGUCAAUAAAUCAGAACAAAAACAAAAUAUUCAAGCUAAUGUGAUGACUACACACCCGAAGGAAGAUAGUGGGAUAACACACACUCGCAGUACAAGAUCUGCUACAGACGAAUCCGUCAACAAAACUCCUAUAGGAAGGAAGCAGGUCAUGUACAAGAAGGAAAAUAGCACGUUUGCAGACAUUUCAGGACAGCAGGUUAUUCCUGUUUCUGCAAUAGACCAGAACAAACCUACAGCAGUUUCCAGUCAGUUUGCAUUUGCCAAUUUACCCUUGAGGGAGAAGUCAGCUUCGGAUUAUGACAGACUAGCAGCAACCUUAUUAAACCAAAUACGUUUACGAAGCAUGCCAACACCACCUACAACCGUUCCGAUAAGGGCUUCCACAAACCUGCCACCUGAGUAUCUUCAAGCCACAAUUGAAAAAGAGCAAAAACAAACUCCUGUCCGAAACAUGGAAAAAGAUCGUUCUAAAGCAGUUAAUCAGACGGGAGGUAAAUUCGUCCUCAUUGGUCUCAACUUUCUUACAACAUUCGGAAGUAUUGAGGUUGAUAACAAUAAUGUCCUUGAGAGCACCAAGGUCGGACUGAGCAAUAAAGAAAGUCUACCGUCUGAUGGUACGAUACUGAUAUCGCACAACGGAAAAACCGUCAACAACCAAUGGCAGCCAGACAUGGCAAACGACGACAAUAUACAUAUCGUUGUAAAAGAACAAAAACAACAGAUUCCAGCAAAUGUGACCGUUGUAACCCCGGAGGAUGAUAAUGGGAAACCAAACACCGGUAAUACAAGAUCUACUGGAGAGGAAUCUAUCAACAAAUCCGAACAAGACCAAUCAGUACCAGCUUAUGAAAUGACCAACAAUCAGACUGAAGGCAAUGUGAUAACAAGUACUGGUGAUACAGGAUAUACUGUAGAGGAAUCCGUCAAUCAAUCAGGACAAAAACAACAGAUUCCAGCAAUUUUGACCGUUGUAACUCCGGAGGAUGAUAAUGGGAAACAAAACAGCGGUAAUACAAGAUCUACUGGAGAGGAAUCUAUCAACAAAUCCGAACAAAAACAACAGAUUCCAGCCAAUGUGACAACUGUAACCCCGGAGGAUGAUAAUGGGAAACCAAACACCAGUAAUACAAGAUCUACUGGAGAGGAAUCCAUCAACGGAUCCGAACAAUCGCAACAGACUCCAGGAUCUCGUGCACAGGUAGCCGUCAAUAAAUUCGAACAAGACCAAUCAUUACCAGCUAAUGACAUGACCAACAAUCCGACUGAAGGCAAUGUAAUAACAAGUACAGGUGAUACAGGAGAUACUGCAGAGGAAUCCGUCAAUCAAUCAGAUGAAGACGGGCAGAACACCCCAUCAAGUUUACAUCAGGUGACACAGUCUUCGCCGUUUUUGUCUACUUUUUCACAGCUUUCCGAAGAUCAUCAAGCCAGACUGAUUGAUGAAUUAGAUUUAAGACGCUACUUUCCAGAUCCGCUGACUUACGCAAGUGUGAUGGCUAUAUCCGACUGUGAAAAAGACGAGGCAGAUACACUAGCAGAUAUCCCAAGGUUAAUUCUACAUAAAUUAAUCAUGCUUGAUUUUACUAGUAGAGAAAACGAUUUAAGCAUAUGCUUAAACAAUAUGAAGAGAUUAAGAGACGAUCCGUCAGUUAAGUGUAAAGAAAAUAACUCUUCCAUACCAAAUGAGGAUUUUCUUUCAAUGUUAGACAAUUAUGAAGACAUCCAAGAAAAAUCAAUAUCAAAUUUAGAUCGGCGUAGCCCGGUAGAUAUUUUCUUAUCGAUCUUUAUUUGCUUACAUCCUACAUUGAAACAAAAAGUAUGUUUAAAAAUGUUUGCAUGUCAUCUGGCGAUACCAAUAUUUUUUCCAGUCAAAAAGCACAAACACCAGGAAACCAUUUUAAUGUUUUCGAUGUGGCCUCUUCGGUCAAUAACGGUUCACGAUGGAAAAACAGAUACAAGCAUAGUAAACUGUAAACAAAAUAUUGUGUCAUUUAUAAGAUUAGGACGUCCACAAAUAUCGAAAUCAAAACUUGCAAAUGAACUUUUGUAUGACACAGCUCACAAUGCAUUCUUCAAUUACGAUUGCAUAUUGGGUUCGAGUGAGAAACAAGCAAGUGUCGGACUUGUUGAGGCUUCCUGGUUUUUACCUUCUCCAAAGCAACCUAGGAAUUUGCAACGAGUUACAGUAUUUCUAAAUCUAAGAGGCGAUGCGUUAAACAAUGCAGAGCAAACAGAAUAUUUGAAAAGUGUAUCGCAUGUCAUGAUAAUAGUCACUGACAAAGAGACAAUGAAAAACAAAAAAGAUUUGGAUUACUUUAAACGUGCUCAUUUCAAUGUGUUGUUUCUUCUUACAGGAGAAGUGUCAAAAUAUUUUAUAAGGAAGUAUAAACAAUAUUACAUGGACUCAAGUCCAGAUGGUUUUAACGCCGAGUUUAUUUCAGGAUCCGAACAAGGUAAAAACAUCGGUUUAUCAGAAGUUAAAGAAGCUAUUGUAAAUAAAAUUGGACCAUUGCUUAAUGGCAUGAGUUCUGCUAAAACUAUACAGGAAAUGUGUGAGCAAGCGAGAACGAUGGGUAUAGCUGUAGAUGAGGAUAUGCCCAAAUACAAGAACGGGAGAAAAGCAGCAAAUAACAUUUUUAACCAGGUAAAAGAUUGUCCUCUUCCAGAAAUCAAGGUGAAAUAUACACCAUUACAAAAAGAAAAUUGGCAAAUAUAUACUGAUGUUAUGAAAUCAUAUCGCAAGCCAAGUUCUGAUUUUCAAGAAAAAGCAAAGUUGGAGCAGAAAAUGAUAUUACAACAAACAAAACAAUGGGAUAGUUUCAAGACUGGAAAACCAUUUAUUACAGACUUCAUAUCAAUACUUUUAACACUGGAUGGUGACAGUUUGGUUUCUUUUUUAGACUCGUUAAAAUUUGAGUUAGAUGAAAAAUCUAGAAGGGAAAUGCCAAACUAUCGCGAACGUUAUGCAGCCGCAUGGAAUGCAUGUCAAUCCAAAGCAGAAGCUGAUAAAGUUCGAGCCCAACAGGAAGUCAGUAAAGCUGAACAGCAUCUCAGCGAAGCGUCGUUUGGUAUCGAACAUAUUUUCCGUGAAUUGGGUCAAAUUUACGAGGCGAGCCUGAUGGCAAAUGACCAGGAGUUGUGUACGAACUUAGCCAAAGCAGUAGCAAGGUCAAUUAAACUAGGCUACCCGUUUGAGUUGAUGGAUGGUGAUGUAGCAAAUGUUCCACUGAAAUGGGUAGAACGAGUCUUUGCAGAACUUCAACAUAUGCUAGGUGACAAAAGGUUACUCACAUUGUCUAUUCUUGGACUUCAAAGUUCAGGUAAAUCAACAUUACUUAACGCGAUGUUCGGUCUGACAUUUUCAGUAAGUGCAGGUCGAUGUACCCGUGGUAUUUAUGUACAACUUUUUCCUGUACGAAAACAAAAGUUUAAAUUCGACUAUGUGCUUGUAGUCGACACAGAAGGAUUACGGGCACCAGAACUGGGUGAUCAGAAAUAUCAGCAUGAUAACGAACUAGCAACCUUAGUUUUAGGAAUGGCAGACAUAACCAUUGUUAAUAUAAAGGGCGAAAAUACCAGCGAAGUAAAAGACAUUUUACAGAUUUGCGUCCAUGCAUUCCUUCGAUUAAAAAUGGCAAACCAAAGUCUACAAUUGCGCCAGUCAUGCAUUUUCAUACAUCAAAAUGUUUCUGAUGUUGGAGCUAAAGAUUCUAUGAUACAUGCAAGAAAAAAACUUGCCGAAACAUUAGAUAGAAUGACACUGGAGGCGGCAGAGGAAGAAAACAUCAGUGACAUAAAAUGUUUCAAAGACGUAAUCAAAUUUGAUAGCAAUCACCAUGUAUGGUACUUUUCAGAUUUGUGGAAAGGGGAUCCACCGAUGGCCCCUGCUAAUCCUGGAUACAGUAGGAAUGUCCGGCAAGUAAAAUCUUUUAUAUUUGAAACACUGACUCAAAACAAGGAUUCUUAUCUGACAAUUUCCGAUAGUUUUGUUCACAUAAAAGACUUAUGGAACGGUAUAUUAGCAAAUGAUUUUGUUUUCAGUUUUAGAAAUAGUUUAGAAAUAAGAGCAUACAAUGCACUGGAAAUCAUUUACCAGGAUUUAAUCUGGAAAUUAGAGAAAUAUGCAAAACAUCUUACAAACAGUGCCGAAAUCGAAAUGAAACAGUGUACUGAUGAUUGUGAAACGGACAUAGUCAAAGGUCGUGGAAUAGAUCAAUAUACAGGCCAUAUACACAAUAAAUAUCCCGAUGAUUUCCAAAAAAAACAAUCGGAACUGAAGGGAAAUUUGAAGAAUCGUUUUGAAAAGGGUGACAAAAAAGAUGAAAUUGCAAAAUGGAAACACAGCAAACUUUUGGCAUGGGACUUGUUUGCUGAAGAUUGCCUGGGUAAGCUCAAAAGACAGCUAACGGAUAUUGAAUCACACUGUAGAGUUGAUUACGAAAUGAAUACCUCUCUUACAACCUUACAAAACGAAAUUUACGACCAGGCAUCAACCCUAGCUGAACAUAUGAAAGGUAAGCGACCUUCUCCCCUAGAUAUGGAGGCAGGUUUAAAUGAAAUGUGGGAUAAAUGGAUGAGGAAAAUCUAUGUUCAAGAAGAACACUCUAUUGAAGUCAAAGUGGUAUUGAAAUCAAUUAUAUUUGCAACGUUCAACAAGCAUCGGGAUGUUGUCGUAACCGAGAUGAACAAACAUCCUAUUGGUCGCCAUCCAUCAUUCACAACCUUAGAAAACAGCCUGAACCACUUUGGGUUUGAUGACAAUUACAUCAGCGUAAAAACAACAAUUUUAAAACGCAUAAAGAACGUUUUGCGAUCCGGUGCAAAAUCUAAGAUAUAUUAUGAAGCUAUCGACUUCACCAAUAUAAUACUCAAAGACAUAGAUGUGAUAUUCAGAGAUCAUAAAAAAAGGGAGUGGAAAUUUGAUGCGACGGAAAUGAAAGAAAUCCCUAAACGUAUUAUGCGACAUAUAAAUCAACACAACCAUGAUAAAAGCAAGACCUUUACACUUCUCGAACCUUACACAGUAACACUUUGUGUACAUGUGUUUCGAUACGCUCUCCCGUUGUUAGAAAGACUUGAUGCAGAAUACAGGAAAAAAUAUAGUAUGAAAGCUAAAUUGAGCAAUCAUAAAGCGCUCGUUUGGCGCCAUUUUCAUGAUGUUGUUGAUGAAAAGUCAGCUACCUUGAUUGCUUGUGACAGAUUUUGUGAAAUUAUUCGGAAUCAUGUUGAGGAAAAAAUUAAACGCUCUCUUCCAGAUUUGCUAUAUGAUCAUAUAGUUACGGAUUUCAUGAAAGCAAAGUAUGUAUUAACAAAUCGUAUUAUGGAAGAUCUUGUAAAGAUAAACAAAUCAAAAGCGUUCAUGAGUUAUAUUCAUGAUCCUUACACUUAUGCAUUCGAAUGGUUAUCAGAAUACAUUGAUAGUAAGUGUUUUGGACGUUCGGGAAACAUGUAUAUGGAUAAGGUAUCGGCAGAACUGCAGACUACAUUCAAAGUUAUUGAAAAAAGUGUUGAAAAGAAAUCGGCUUCGUGUUUACAUGAUUGGCUGAUAAAUGUACAAAGUGAGAUGAAGAAGGGUAUGGUAUGGAUUCAAAUGGAGUCAUUUGUUGUAGUUGAGAACCAAAAGAUAACAGAUUUAAACCAUUUCAUUGCAACUGUCAAAAGAAAACUUGAACAGGUGCGCUCAGAACUAAAAGGCAAGUUUCAAAGCGAGACAGAAACAUCAAUCAGAUGGUAUAAUGAUAAAACCCCUUACCGAAUAUCCAUGGACAAACUCUGGGGUUGUAAAGCUGUCUGUCCUUUUUGUUCUGAGCCAUGCCAAUGGAAUGAUAAACAUACGAGUAACCAUUCGUGCAUCCAGCAUAGAGCAGGUGGCGUUACAGGACGACAUUGGAAAGACACAGAUAUACUUGUAUUGGAGAGUUGUAGUUUUCAAGUGCAGUCUGAUCGUCGCUUUCUAUGUUCUGCAAAAUGUGGAGGAAUAUGUACUGGGCAUGGCAAAACUGACGAGUAUCAUCCCUACAAAGCUUACCAAAAGUACUUUCAGGACUGGGAUAUUCAUCCCUGUCCAGAAAUUUCAUCAUCCAAAUAUUGGGCAUGGGUUUUGUGCACCUAUAACGAAGAACUUGCCAAGUAUUAUAAUAAGAAAAAAGCCACAAUCCCGCAAUCGUGGAAAACAUUAACCAAGGAUGAUGCAAUCAGGAGUCUGAAAGAAUUUGCUUAAAAUAGUAAGUUCAAUAUGUCUCUUUGUACAGAAUGGAAAUCCUCAAUAUUGUGAAUUUCAGUUCGAAGUGUAGUCUUUCUUAAAUAAUGUUUGAUAUCAAGCAAAUCAUUAACAAUACAGAAUUCCGUGGUUAUUGGUACAAAAUGUCCUAAACAUGUCUUAUAACCAGUAAUAUAUAUUAUAUAAUGUAUUCAUUAUCAGAGGUAUAUGUAACACUACGUUUUCAUAUGAGCCCUAUUAUAUCAUUAAAAUAUAUUAUCACUAUUUUAUAGCAUCACUGGUAUAUUACCACUAAUUUACAGUUUCGUUUUGGUAAUAAAUACAUAACCUAAAUCAUUUUCCGUUAUACAUGUAAUAGGUGUGUCUUCUUGGUGUAGAAACGCUUAAAAUCCUCAAUAUUGUCAAUUUCGGCUAGAAACUGCUUUUUCACCAUAUAAAGAGAGAGCCUUGGUAAGAGGAUCACAUCUGUCUUACAAAGACAUAUAAUAGGCGAUAUUUAUGUUUAUUAUUUUUUCAUAUUAUUCCCGACAAGUGAUUGGCCAGAAGUGAAUCACGUGUUCGCCGAUAAAA